CAAAGGUGACCAACUCAUGCCUUAAUUUAAUAAGAGUUUAGAAGGGAUUUCCUCGCGGUUACUUAUUAUCUCACAGUAUAACGAUUUGAUUUUUGUUCAGCUCUGAUGGACGAUGAAGGCUGUGUGAUAGUGGGAGCGGUUUCCAAGCAUGCACUUUGCCAGCAGCAGUUCACAUCCCUGGAUGAGAAGCCCCAGUUUCCAGGAGCCUCUGCAGAUUUUGUGGACAGGCUGGAGUUUAUUCAGCCCAACGUGAUAUCCGGCAUUCCCAUCUAUCGGGUCAUGGACCGGCAGGGACAGAUCGUGAACCCGGACGAAGACCCCAAGUUGCCGAAGGAGAUGGUACUCAAGUUCUAUCAGAAGAUGACACUGCUGAACACUAUGGAUCGCAUUUUGUACGAGUCUCAGCGACAAGGUCGUAUAUCCUUUUACAUGACAAACUAUGGUGAAGAGGGCACACACGUAGGCAGCGCAGCUGCACUGAAACCAGAUGACUUGGUGUUUGGACAGUACAGGGAAGCAGGCGUUUUAAUGUACCGCGACUUCCCUCUGGAGCUCUUCAUGGCGCAGUGUUACGCCAGUGCCAAUGAUGUGGGCAAGGGCCGCCAAAUGCCUGUUCAUUACACCAGUAAAGAUCACCAUUUUGUUACAAUUUCGUCUCCCCUAGCAACACAAAUACCCCAAGCUGUAGGGGCUGCUUACGCCUACAAAAUCAGCCAGGCAGACCGCGCAGUCAUCUGCUACUUUGGAGAAGGGGCGGCAAGUGAAGGGGACGCUCACGCAGGCUUCAAUUUCUCGGCCACUUUGGAGUGUCCCAUCAUAUUCUUCUGCAGAAACAACGGCUAUGCCAUAUCGACACCGACUCAUGAGCAGUACCGAGGCGAUGGCAUUGCUGCCAGAGGUCCUGGUUAUGGUAUAAUAUCGAUCAGAGUGGAUGGGAACGAUGUCUUUGCCGUCUAUAAUGCCACUAAAGAAGCUCGGCGUAGAGCAGUGGCUGAAAACCAGCCCUUCCUCAUUGAAGCAAUGACUUACAGGAUUGGCCAUCACAGCACCAGCGAUGACAGCUCAGCCUAUCGAUCCGUGGAUGAAGUGAACUACUGGGAUAAGCAGGAUCAUCCCAUCUCCAGGCUUCGGCACUACAUGGAGAACAAGGGAUGGUGGGAUGAGGAGCAGGAAAAAACGUGGAGGAAGCAGUCUAGGAAACGGGUGAUGGAAGCCUUCGAGGAGGCUGAACGUGCACCGAAGCCCAAGGUGGACUAUUUGUUCUCGGACGUGUACGAAGAAAGCCCUGUGGUGCUGCAGAAACAGAAGGAGGCCCUGCAGAGGCAUCUGAAGAUGUACGGAGAGCACUACCCCCUAGACCAUUUUGAGAAGUAAAUACCACACUCUGAUUCUCAGCCUUACCCAACACACCUCCAUGUGCAUGUCAGUGAGUUUCAUCUCAAGUCAACAAGAUGGCUUCCAGUUAACCCCUUGAUUUCCAAAACUUAGGCUGAUUAUGGUGAACCUUUGCUGUCCCUUCAGUUUCUCAUCCUGUAGAUCUGAGUUGUGCUUUCCCGCUGUUGGUUGUUGGGUAUUGGAGGCGUCUGAUGGCUGUUAGUCUGCCAGAUGGUGAAUUCUUGAUUUCCCUGUCCUCUCGCAGCACAAAUAACUCAAAACUUAAUGAUGUCAAGUGUUCCGUACACCUGUAAGCCAGUUGGCUGAAGGUAAAUGUCAUGAUAACACAGAAAACAUUAUUUCAUACAUUCAGAUGAAAGGCUUGGUUAAAAAAAAAAGUAAAAUCAGUUAAAAGGGCCAAUUUUUCUUCCUUAACUGAAAUAUUCCAUCAGGGUUAGGAGGAGAGAUGAUGUUCUGAUCUUUGGCGGGUGUUUUGUUGGCCUCUAUCUUGAUCUGUAGAUCUCAUUUAUUUUCUAAUGUGUUCUGACUACAAAAUAGAGUUUGUUGUGUUGAGAAUAAUUACAAAGAUCAGGAAGCAAAUCUUUUUGACCUUGUUUCAGUUCCCUCCUGUCAGCCCUGUCAUUUGUUGUAUUAACAGAAAUGACACUUUGCCUUCUGCAGUAGUCUUGUGGGUUUGGGUGUCCUCUAGGGCCGUUAGGAACUCUAGAAAUUGGUUACAUUGAGCUGUAUCCUCCUUGAAAGUUGUGUGGUGAAUCAAGUCAAGUAGUUGAAAGGGGAAGGGAACCUGAAUUCCCUGCUGUCCACCCUUUAACAUAAAGGUAAGGCUGGGCUCAGAUCCAGAGCGUCUGUUACAUCCAGUCUCACAUCAAUGGGAACCAGAUAAUUCCUGCAGAGUAUGGCCCAUAGUAAUCAAAGCUCCUCUUGCAGGGUGAGGGUAUGUGGAGUCCGUGGUUGAGUCAGAAGGGGGAAAAGUUGAGAAUGAUGUGGAUGUGAAAAAUAUUAACACCCUCUGCUGCAGUCCAUGGGAAGUGCUGGUCAUUGAUGCUGGAACAUAUCUACACGUUGGUGUUUGCCCAGUUUAAGACUAAUAUUGAUAUUCUGUACAUCAACUUGGUCUCUUGUACAUUUCAUAGCUGCUACUGUACAUCUUUGUUUAUAUGACCAUAAAGGCCAUUUAGCCUUUAUCAAUGCUGACCCUGUGGCUACCCUUCUGUGUUAACCCCAUCUCCCAGCAUUUGGCUUAAAUGCUGCCAGUGAUCUAGCUUCUACUUCUUUCCCAGGCAGUGCUUUUCAUGUAAUUUCUGCUGAGGGUCCCUCUCACGUUCUGUCCUGAUGCAGGGCUUCAAUCUGAAAAAUCGACGGUUCCUUUCCACAGUUGCUGCUCAACCCACUGAGUUCCUGCAGGUGAUUGUCGCUCCCUCGUAUCCACUCCCACUUACCCUAAACCCAUCUCCGCCAGUUCCAUCUACCUGAUAUGGAGAAAGGUUUCCUGCAGUCUGCAUUGUCAACACCCCUCAGAAUUUUAUGUACCUCAAUCAAGGUCUUGGCCAAAAUGGUAUAGCUGCCAUUUUCGGACUUCAUUGUAGUCUGAAUAUUUACGGUGAAAUUCAGAGCCAGAGUUUCCUCUUGGUGUAAUCAGGAUUCAGAUGGGGACCUGAUUUCAGGUACAAUGAUGUCAGUGAUACAAAGGUUUAAGGCUGUGGUGAAGAGCUGACAAACCUGCUGAGAUCACUGAGGAUCCAUCUUCAGCUGCUUACAGGGCAUUCCGUUUCCCCUCUACUUCUUCUUCACAAUGGGCUGGCACCACAAUUAUUUAUUUCCCUGCGUGUAAUCAGAUCUGGCAUUGCCUUCCUGAUGUACAGUAAUUCAUAAUGCUUGCAGAUACUGCCGUGCUACAGAGCAGACAGUUAAGAUAAUUUCUAAGUUUUCUUGUGUGGGAAUGACUGCCUUUUCUAACUUAAGGCACAGGCUCAUAAUCAUGACUGGGACAAUGUGGUCUUCAGGAAAUGAUGACAAACUGAAGUCACCAAAACCAUUGGUUUGCAGCUCCUGUUCUUUCUCCAGUAUCUCACCCCUUUCCAGCAUAAACAGCAGUAACAGUGUAAUUCAGUGGUGUUGGCUGCACGUAGUCAGGUGCUUGUGAGCAUAAACACCCUGUAGCGAUGUCCAUGUCGUGAGGUAAUUUAAAGGCUUUAUAUUUUACAGCACUUCAGCUAGUGGAUUACCAUGUAUUAAAACAAAUGGAGGAACUAUGCCAGGGGCUAGCUCAGUCAACAGACCGCAAGGUCAUUCAGCAGUAACACAGCAGGGCAAUGUGAUGUUAGCAGGUUCCCGCUUCCACCACCAUCUCCAGGCUGCAGGUUUCUCCUCAAAGCACGCGGUUGAAUUCAAAACGUACAAUGUGAUCCGCAGGGAUAUUUCUUUGGACACUUUCUGCCUUCUUGCUUGUGUGUAACGAGAGAGGCAAGGAGACACAGUGCCUUUGGAUUAUUUGCAAGUGGACAUUGUGAUUUGAAUAAACUGAAGAGUCCCAGUGCUUUAAAGUUUUCAAUGCAAAAGGUGGAGAGGUUCCAGCAGAUGCUCUUUCUCUCUGUAAUGAGCCACCCACAUAUUCCAUCACCACCCAGUUUUUCUUCCCCUUGUUGCACAAGGAGAUGUAUGUUGGUUGUUCUCCCACAAUUUACUCCUUUCUGCUUCAUAGGUGAAAUAGUUGCUAAUUCUGCUUCCCACAGUGUUCCCAAAACCUCCCACUCCUUAAGCAAUGACUAUUAAAUAACUUACUCAAAGGCUGUGAUGUAAAAUAAUGUUUUACUUUUAAUGCCCCCCAUUUGGUGAUAUUAAAUAUUUCAUGUUGGUUCUAAAGCAUCAGUUAAUGUUAGUUUCCAUUUUGAAUGGAGAUGAGACUUGGAUCUAUGAUAUGGGUGGAGUCACUACAAUUUGGUUUGUUCAACAUCCACCUCUCUGAUCAAAGAGUUGUGUUUAAUAGAGCUCAGCUGAAGCUCCUUGUACCAUUUUCUUGUCCAGAGGUGUUCCCAGUAGUGUACGGGAUUUAUUAGAGACUCUGGGAUCCUCCUGAAGGGUUGCACACCAUUCCAAUGGCCACUUCUGGCUGCUGAACAUGGGGCAUCCUUCCCAGCAAAGAGAUGGAGCUUACUCAGAUUACCCUAAACCACCUCAGCCAAAUCUAAUCCAUGUACUUCCCUGUGUGAAUGUUGUGUGGUAUUCAAAAAUUCUCUUUAAUUGCUCAUGGUUAAUAUUUGAUUUCAGAACCUUUACUUUCUUGCAUUGGUUUGUUUUGUAUUGGUGUAUCCAGAGACCUGGCUUUGUAAAUGUUCUGUCAGGAACUUUCUGUUGCUGUGUAAACUCUCCGGCAACCUCAUGGUCAAAAUGGUGUGACUUGCUGCUGUUAAUGUACCAAUUUAAAGGUAACUUAAACACUAAAUAUAUGUUGCCGUGAAGUUGAGAGCUAUAUCGGAGAGUGCAACUCAGGGGAGGAGGGUUUGAUUAUUGGCUAAAGUACAUUAGGGAGUAGCCUUAGCAAAUCCAAAUUUCAUAGUUAAAGUCUGUUACAAAAUAUAAAUGUAUUAAAGUUGUGUAUAUAAACAUUGAUAGUUGAGGGAUAGGAAUAAAAAUAAUCAAAGUGGUGAGAAAUUGUGCUUUGUAGAAUUGAGGGUCAGAUGUUUGACAAAAAAAAUCAACUAAUGUUGUUUUCUCUGUUGUAUGGAGCAGAAAUGGAUCUGCAAUAUGGUUGGAAUUGCUACGAUAUAGUGUACUCUGUAAUCACCUCUCUGUACUAACGGUGGUGCUGAAUAACAGACAGUUAAAGCUCAUUAAGCUAAUUGAGCCUGCAGGUUUGACCUUGGAGGUCAGCCUCCUGGAGAAAAUUUCCUGUUAAGGAAACCCCCUUAGAAUUUUGAACAUCUGACAUCCAACUUCUCUCCUGUGUGUUGGAAGAGUCUAGAUGCUCCUUAAACUGUGGUAUCCAGACUCCCCUCAUGUAACCUACUCACUAACUGUCAGGGAGCAUGUAAGGAGCACCGCAGGGUUUCUAAGUAGUUCCUGUGAUGGAAUUGGCAAUAUUUUCAUGGAUCUCUGUUAAAACUGACAAUUCAUUAAAAAGUGCAGGUUGAUGUUACCUCAGUCUGCCUUGGUAGCAUGUGUAAAGAUAUGAGCAAUAAAAGUUGUAUUUAAG